GGCCGGUCCCGCACUCGGAGCGCCUGCGAGGGGUUUGAGGGUUCGGUUCCCCCCUCUGGAUGCCCUCUCGGGAGGCAGGUGGUAGGCGGCGAGGAUGAUGAGGGAGCUCCGGCGCCACUCCUUCUGGAGGGCAAUGCUGGCCGAGUUCCUGGGGGUGACCAUCUUCGUCUUCCUCAGCACCGGCUCGGCCACCAAGUGGACGGGGAGCCACGUCCCCGCCGACAUCGUGCAGAUCGCUCUCACCUUUGGCUUGUCCAUCGCCACCCUCGCCCAGUGCGUGGGGCACAUCAGCGGCGCCCACCUCAACCCCGCCGUCACCGUCGGCCUGUUGGUCGGCUGCCGGCUCAGUGUGGUCCGAGCCCUCGCCUACAUCGGCUGCCAGAUGCUCGGGGCCGUGACAGCCAGCGCCAUCCUCCUGGGGGUCACCCCCACGUCCAGGAACAGCACGCUCGGACUUAACGCGCUGGCGGACGGCGUAACCCCGGGACAAGGUCUGGGCAUCGAACUCAUCAUCACCUUCCAGCUGGUUCUCUGCGUCUUCGCGACCACGGACAAACGGCGCUCUGACCUCUCCGGCUCCGGACCGCUGGCCAUCGGACUCUCAGUCGCCAUUGGACACUUGAUGGCGAUCGGCUUCACUGGAUGUGGGAUGAACCCUGCUCGAUCCUUUGGUCCGGCUGCUGUUACUGGUGACUUCAAGGAUCACUGGCUUUACUGGGUGGGCCCGAUGAUUGGAGGGGUUGCUGCCGCUCUGCUUUACGACUUUGUGCUGACCACCCGCUACCGCGACACGUCCGAGCGGCUCAAGGUGCUGACCAGCGGCCCGGCUGACGACUAUGACGUGGAGAGCGAGCAGGACAGUGCCAGGAUCGAGAUGAAGCCCAAGUAGAAGAGAGCGGCGCGCCGCGGGGGUUGGGGGAUCCUU